AGUUGUUUUGCCAACCGCCAAUAAACUCCAGAAGAAGAAAAGAAAAAGAAGAAGAAGCCUUCCCGGUGUGCAGUGGGUAAAAUCAGCAGAACACAGACAUGGCAGUAUCAGCAGAUCACAUCCGGGAUAAGCUAACUACGGAGCUCGAGGCAGUGCAUGUGGAUGUAGAGGAUACCACCUCCAACAGGUGUGCAGCCAGCUUCAAAGUCCUGGUGGUGUCGCCACAGUUUGAGGGUAAACCAUUGUUACAGAGACACAGGAUGGUGAAUACGUGUCUCGCAGAGGAGCUGAAGGAAAUCCAUGCAUUUGAACAGAAAACCCUCACACCAGAACAGUGGGACAAACUAAAGCUACAGUGACACACAUUUCCAUCUGUAGUGAAAAGGUUAAAGUGCUCCAACCAUCUCGUUGCUACAUAUGUCAUAUUGAUACAAAUCUACUGCAAAUAAAAGUAAAACACUUUG